UUGUGAGCGUCUGCGGCAGAGAAGGUGAAGCUGAUCACGCAAGUGGAAGAUCUAGAUAYAGGCGUCAGCUUUCUAUUGUUAAUGACAUCUACACUCUUGAUCACUUUAUCGAGUUGGUUGAAAAGAUUGAACAACAUCCUCAGACCAAAGAUAAGUCUUUAAAAGAAAUUGCUAACUAUGUGAGAAAACUGGGAUACGAUAAUAGCAUGUGGACGGAUCUCCUUGGUAACGCAGAUAGUCUGCCUACUGGAGUACUAACCAGUGAGGAAGAAAGAGUUCUCAAUAACAUGGUUGUACACCGCUACGUAUGGUCACGUGAGCUUGGCGUCGUCAAAACCCCGACCGGAAACGUGGCAAUGGGUCACGUAAUGACUGGGAUUUGUGCGGGAGCUAGUCGCAAGAGCAUUCUUAUCGCUGGCGUAUCUAUUGACAAUCUUUAUGCUGCGACUAUUUCUGGUGACCUUGGACAAACUGCUUUGCAUAAACAGAUCGACCAAUCACGACUGCUCUUUGGUCCCGGAGGCUCGUGGUCGCCAAAUGAAAGCUGUCCACAUACUUUCAACGCCCCAUCAUCACAAACUUCCGAAGCAACUAAUGCAGAACUCCUUGGUGAUAUCGAUGGGUUUCUACUGGGGUACAACAUCCCUUAUUAUGUUUCCAAAAAAGUUCGACUUGGUCAGUUGUUGAGAAUGUACUAUACAGGGGGAGUUCUCUACGACACUUCGUUCGUUAGUUGCAGCAGAAAGCUAAAGUUCACGCAAUUGGUGAGCCGAGAUAGGUUGAGGACACAAGUUCAGGGUUUCAUGAACGGCCUCAAGGAAAGGUGGUACGGUAGUGCAGAUUUUUCUAGCGUGCCAAGCAGUUCGAUUCCACAUCUCGCAACAACUACUGUUACAGAAUUUUUCAAACAUCUUGAUUCCAUUUCUUCUACGACAACAUGUUCACCCCAAAGCAAUGAAGCAAGGUACUUGAUGACUUUGAAAUCUCCCCGAUUCAAACUCGGGUUGCUAUAAUAGAGUUUUCAAGUCAAGCCACAUUGGCGAUUGGUUUAGAUACGUAUGGAUCAAAGACGAGAUUAAAGUGUGCUGUUGAAGCAAUUAAUCAUCGAGGUGGAGGUACCAAUACCGCUGGGGCAGUUAGACUUGCCUACAAUAUCAUGAAGACAGAAGAAGAGAAAUCCCAAGAGAUUCAGCAGAUUAUGAUACUACUAACAGAUGGGUAUUCAAAUAAUAAAUACGCUCUAGAGCAAGAGGUCAAAGUUGCAAAGGCAAAUCUCACAGGCGUAACCAUGAUAGCCAUUGGUGUUGGAGGAUACGACAGAUAUGAGCUUGAGAUGAUUGCAACUGAUCCCACCAAUCACGUGUUUACGUCUACAGAUUUUACACAGUUGGCUGGCCUGGUGAGAACGUUACGCAGAAAAACUUGUGAGAAUAGUCACUGCACUCUUCCGAACCAGAUCAAGUUCGAAAUUGCUAAAGGCACAAGCAAGAGUCACUGGAUUCGUGGCACUCCUUCCAUUGUCAUUUUUUUCGCUUUCAUUCAUAGGUUUUUGCUAUACAUUUCGUAUUAAAAACAGCAGUAGUGCCUAAUAUUUUGCUGUCAAGAAAAGCAUYUUACAUUAAGCGUAGCCUGUUUCCAUUCCCUAUUUCAAUAAAGUUAAUAACCAAAAAUCUAGACUGAGAUCGCUGAUGAUGGGGAAUACUUAUAUCAAACAUGUUAAGGCUUUUUUGACACAAAUUUCAGCUUGAGGAUGGGCAUGCAURCUCACAUGAGGUCAACUGGAACUAAGAUCCAAGUCCAUCAAUAGCUAUCUACCCAUUAUCAUUGCCGGUCUCAUCUUUAUAGUUUUUCGGCAGGUUACUAACUUUUUCGAAAUAAGAAUAUCAUAUAUUUUGUGGGCUUUUUUUUAGUUAGUGUUUUUAUAGGUCAGUCUUAGGUUUUAAGUCGUGAAUCAGCUAGUAGACUAAUGGAGGUUAGUACAUGAUAUUAUUUCCAUUGUUUUCUUUGUUAUCCAUUUGAUUAUUACACAUUAAAAAGUUCAAGUAAGUUAAGUAAAGCACUAGCCAGGGACUGAUGUACCUUUUAACGACCUUUAACCCGGUUAUCGAGUAUAGGUAGACGGUUUCGCGCAUGCGUGUGCGAACUGGCGCAUUCUUAUUAUUGAACUCGUGUAUUAAGACUGUGAUUAUCUUAGAAGUAUCUUGAUACUUUAGAAAUAAAAUAUAGUUGAAUGAUCUUGA